ACGGUGCAAAGCCGUGCUUUGGGCACUCGGAUUACGUAGCUUAGGUUUACACAUCUCCCCGACACCUCAAGGCUUCCAUAUUGCUUCCAUUGCACACCACCGCCAUCACGACGACUUUGAGAGGUAUUUUCGAGAGGUACUUCUCUCUGCCUACACGACGAACUUGCUUUUCUUGAUUCUUCACGCUGCGCUUUUGUUUCGACUUUGAAGAAACUGCGCUCGGUCCCCGGCCAUGUUUCGCGCGCAGCAGAAUGCGUAUGAUGACAUCGUCGCCAAGGCGACCGAUGAAAAUCUUACCUCCGAGAACUGGGAAUACAUACUUGAUGUGUGUGACAAGGUUUCUGCAGAUGAGUCUGGGGCGAAAGAUGCGGUUGCCUCCAUGAUCAAACGGCUUGCUCAUCGCAAUGCAAAUGUGCAGCUUUACACCUUCGAGCUUGCCAACGCCCUGUCGCAAAAUUGCGGUCCAAAAGCGCAUCGCGAGUUGGCGUCAAAGAGUUUCACAGAUGCCCUUUUGCGACUAGCCAAUGACCGAAAUACCCAUCCACAAGUCAAGUCCAAGAUACUGGAACAUAUGGAACAAUGGACGGAGAUGUUUUCCAGCAAUCCCGAUUUCGGAAUCAUGGAGCAUGCUUACAUGAAGUUGAAGUCGCAGAAUCCAAACAUUCAACCUCCCUCGAAACCAACAAAGCGCCAAAUAACAGAACUAGACAGGCAAAAGGAAGAAGAGGAACUCCAGAUGGCGCUUGCGUUGUCCAUCAAAGAGAAACAGUCAGAAACAUCUAAACAACAAGAUGGCUCUUCACAGCAUGUUGUGACUACCUCCGCUCAAGCCGAAGCUGCACCCUCGCAAGGUAUUCCAUCCGGCACGACCGCUGCGACAGUAUCUCGCGUUCGCGCCUUGUAUGAUUUCCAGCCUUCGGAGCCCGGAGAGCUUCAAUUUCGCAAAGGCGACAUCAUAGCUGUCUUGGAGUCGGUUUAUAAGGAUUGGUGGAAGGGUUCUUUACGGGGUCAAGUUGGGAUAUUUCCAUUAAAUUAUGUGGAAAAGCUUUCAGAUCCAACCCAGGAGGAGUUACAGCGAGAGGCCCAGAUGGAAGCUGAAGUAUUCGCUGAGAUAAAGAAUGUGGAAAAGCUUUUGGCGUUGUUGAGUACCAGCAGCCCCGAGUUGAAUGUACAGGAGAAUGAAGAAAUCACCAAAUUAUAUCACUCGACGCUUGCGAUUCGGCCCAAGCUUAUAGAGCUGAUUGGCAAGUAUUCUAAGAAAAAGGACGACUUUACUCAGCUCAACGAGAAAUUUAUCAAGGCUCGAAGGGAUUACGAAGCAUUAUUGGAAGCGUCCAUGACCCACCCAGCGCAGUCUCAUUAUAACCGACCUGCACAACCUCCUUUUGCCUAUCCACCUUCAGGAACCCACCCAGGAUAUCCUCACCACGCACCGCCACAACAAGAGCCGCAGCGGUAUUAUACGCCAAGGCCGUCACAAGACCCGCAAAGUGCUCCUCACAACACCCCGGGAUAUUAUGGGGCAGAACCGAGCACACUUCCUUAUCCUCCCGACUCCCAGUCCCCGGAUUUUCGAAAACACACAGCUACAGGCUCCAUGCAGCUACCACAACAGCAACCCUCGCAACCCCCACAAGACGCAUAUUCGCAAGGCGCAACGACACAUUAUCCUCCGAAAACAACCUACGAUCAUCCUCAAGAGCUGGGAACAUCAGUCUAUGACUCCCCGCAAGGAAAUGCUCCCCAGGCUAUCCAGCACUCCUAUCAUCCCGCGAUGCAGCAAGAGCUUCAACAACAACAAGCGACAGGAGCAGAGCCUACGCAACGACCCUAUUCCCCCCAGGAAAAUCCACCACCACAAGCGCCGUCAUCCAACCCGCCAUAUCCUGUACAAACACCGCAAGAGCCUCCUCAGCAAUCCUUUGCUCCACCAGCGCCUAUGCAUCAACCUCCACCCAUACCAUCUGUCGCGCCAUCGCAAGGAGCAUAUGGCGGUGGCUACCAAGCUUAUCAACCACCUACAACACAACAGCAUAGCCCAACUUCAAACCCGGCCGCGUUCUACCGGUGAAACACUUAUCGAAGUACGAUCUAGCGAAGAUACUGUGUUGAAUUAUUACGACCAUUAGCUUCUUAUUUGUAAUCUGACCAAUCUACUAAGUGUGAAAUAAAUUAUAUCUAUUGUCGAAAAAA